ACGUACAUGUAUGUAUCCGAGUCCCAUGAAUGUCAGACUCGUAGAACAUCAUUAUCACUGGAGCUAAGCGGGACCAUUGUCAUUGAUUUCAAUUUUGUGUGAUUGUUAUGGAUUUCACCAGCGGGAGAAAGGCUCCACUGAUAGAGCAGCUCUGGCUCACUCUCCGUGAGACUUCGAAGGCCAUGGACUCGAUGUCGCUGUGCGUGUCCUGCGGACAACGACCGCGCCGCGGCAGGUUCCUGAGCUGCUUGCAUGUUGUGUGCUCGGCUUGUGUGGACGAGCACACGCACAGUGAUGGAACGCGACUGUGUCCGCGCUGCACGCGCACGACGAAAAGUCGGCCAGGAGGUAGUCAGCUACCCAGGGCACCCGACGGUCUGGUGGAGUAUUGUGGACGGAGCUCAGAUGACGACCUUGGCACCAGUCAAUUGAGUGACGACACCGGCAGCAGCGGAGGAGGAAACACCGACCAGCAGUCGACAGUGUUUUGUGACGAGUGCGUUGCCGACACGGCAGCAUCUCACUGCUGUGUGGACUGUGGGUUCUCACUCUGUACGUACCACUCACUCGAUCACGCCAUGAAGCGCGGAUAUGCUGGCCACCGCGUUGAGGCCCACGCGUCUGUUGCUACUCGUUCGCCCGCCGAAAAGCCGGAGAAGAAAGCCGAAGUGGCAACCGUGUGCAUGGUGCAUCCGAGCCGAACCGUGACGAGCUACUGCACGACGUGCGAGCUCCCACUCUGUGAUCGCUGCCUCAGUGAUGGUAGACACAAACAGCACGAUGCCGUAGAUGCAGUGGAGUUUGUUGACGAGUGCCUUGAGUCGCUGGUGGAGAUGUUUGGCCUGCCAGCGAAGGCCGAUUCACCAGCACUUGACCCAAGGACAGAGCGUGAGGGCACCGAUCAGCCGUCAUCGCAGCUCUACGGUGAAGAUGGAGAGAUGGCGCCAGAUAAAGAAGACCCUGCAACAGACUAUGCUGCAUCAGCCGAGCUUCCUCUUUCCCCUGCUGCGAACGUCUUCACUGGCUCACUAGCGUCAGCCCUGAGCAUGCCGACUGACCAGGGAGCCUGUGGAAAUAACGAGAGUAAUCACUUGACCUUCAGUGGGGCCGGUUCGCAUGUUAAUUCGGACGCGUCUUCUGUUGCUGACGAACGGUCGACCAGCCCAACCUCCUCUCGCCAGGAACAUGAUUCUCUGCAAGAUGCUCUGGAAUCUGUCGUGACACAGCAGGAACAACUAUCCUCAGCUGUCAGCGAUUUAUUCCAAGAAAUCAGAGAUACCAUCGCCAGGAAAGAGGCGGCACUGCUCGCAAGAAUCGACCAAGUAGCAUGGCGUGCCCUAAAGCCCCUAGAGCAGCAGAGGGACGCCGUUCAACAGACCUCGCUUGCAGUCGAGCGAGCAAUUCACAUCCUGAAAUUCUACACCGAGUCUGGAGAGAGCAGGCUGCCACUGCUGCAAAUCCUGGAGUGGCUGCAGGCACUAGAUGUUGACGAGGGAGUAGUAGCCAUUCCUGAUCCCUGCGUUGUCCUGAACGUCAAGUUCGAUGCAGAAAUUUGCCGGCGCAAUCUCCUGUUGCCAGAUUCCACAGAAGCCAUUGCAGACAACACAGCAAUUCAUGCAAAGUCGACGGCUGCCGUUCGUACCAUUGCGCCACAACAUCAGCGCCGGGACUGCACUGUCUGGAUUGGAGUCGCCGCACGCACAGCAGACGGGACACUGAUUGCGUGUGAAGACCUUGCCAGCGACGAUUCGUGGCACUUCACCUUCAGAGAGGAGUCGGGCAACGAAUACGUGUGGAUGCUUGACACACCGUCCUUAUCUACUGCAAAUGUUACAGAGUACGCUGCACCGGCAGGAGUAAUUAUUUCAUAUUCAUCUACGGCAUGGGACAUAGUGGAAGCAGGUCGGCAACAGGUUGGCAUCAAUUCGGGAAUCAAGGUGCAUCCCAAGGCACCGGUCCCAGUUCAGCAGGUGUCUCACAAUUCUCAGCCAGCCGUUGCGAUCGGGAGCACGGCUAGUCUUCCAGCGCGAAGUCAGGCAUUUUCCGCAGCAACGGGGAUGUGGGACAGCGGUAGUUCGGGAAUCACAUGCAAGCCUUGUGUUGGCUUUCGGCAGGACGAAGAUCCCAGCUCCUCAUUUGAUGUGGUAUUCCACAUACCGAAGGAUCUUUUCUGGACGCCACUGACGUUGCAGGUGUACUUGAACGGUAAGCCGAUAUCAGACGGUACCCCGACUGCUGUUCUCAAUAUUGCUCUUAGCAUUGCACGUGCACAGUUUCAGUAGAUCGUACCGCAGUUCAAUCAUGAAGAGAAACUCUUAGUGCGCUGCCAUACUGAAAUUCUGGGUCACUGACCGCUGAUCCAGACUGUCAAAGCACUAGCUGGUCCAAAUCACAGCUAGCUCAGCACCACCAGUUACUCUAUGUGUUACAGGCCUGUAUUCCCAUUGCCUCAUGCAUUUCCUGCGACCUAUUCUGUGAAAGCCAAGAUGAACUGCAUACAAGUCAUCUUAAAUCUUCACCUACAUGUAUUGCAGUCACUUGCAAGAUAGUUCCUAAAUAACAUACACUAGCUGAUGUUGGAAGAUGAUACUUCCCGUGAGCCAGUGGCUUUACUUUUAGUAGGCAGAACACUUUGCUCAGGUCAUGCUUCAACAAGCCUGCUAUUUGUUUGUUUUAAAUCUCUUUUCUGCAUACUUUCGAAUGGACAUGCAUGACAAUCAGCCACCUCCAUGGCUGCUGCAAUGCCGUUGCUGGUACCAAGGCUUUGUCACAAGAAAACGUUUUCGUUAACUCUGAUUCGACUUUGCUUGAAUAUGUGUGUUUCGAUAACAGCAGAACGAAUUUUAUUGCUAGCCAAUGCUUCUUUUUUCUUUUCUUUUUUUUCUUUCUUUCGGACCAUUUUCCGACACGGUUUGGGCAUUUAGAAAUGACCUGCAAAAUGAUCUCGCUUGUUUCAAUGAAUAGUUUCCGACAUCA